GAAUUCAUUUUCAUUCUCUGAAACAAUCGUAAAGAUCCUAUAUUUUAUUUUAAUCAUUAGUGGGUUAUUGAUAAAUAGAUUCGCCGUCCCAUAUCAGAAAAAGGCAAAUAGAAUGUGAUUCCCAACACACUCAUUGUCACCUCCCAAAACUAUGCACCAUAUCUCACAUCAAAAUCAUUCAUUCAAUUUCUAAAUUAUUAUAAAGUUGAUGUUGGUUGAGAAGUGAAUCCAGGGUUCGAAGGUUCAAUUCAACAAACAGAUGGCGAGCCUAAGAGUACGAUGCAUGCAGUGUGGAAGGCCGAUUGUAGUGCCAAUGGAAGCUGCCUAUAGCAUUUCCAUUAUGUGUUAUGCAUGCCAAGGCCAAGCUCAAGCUCAAGCUCAAGCUCGAAAUUCGCUUCCACAAAAUUACUAUUUCCCCAACAACAAUAUCAAUAACGCACCUAGUUACCUUCCUCGUCCUGGCUAUGCACGUAGGCCAUAUAACCAAUUCUAUUAUCCUCAGCCUUUGCAACUGGUGGCUCCACCACCAUCGCCUCCAUUGACCCCUCCUUCUUCCUUUGGCAACAAGAGGGCUGUGUUAGUUGGCAUCAGCUAUGGCAAUCAGAGUAACCGUCUCAAAGGUUCUGUGAAUGACGCUCAGAGCAUGAAAUACUUUCUCGUUAACAACUUGGAUUUCCCUACUGAUUCCAUUCGCAUCCUCACAGAUGACCCAGAGGAGAAAAACCCUCUGAGAAUUCCAACAAAAUAUAACAUGAGAAUGGCAAUGAGGUGGUUGGUCGAAGGUUGCAGAUCAGGGGACUCGUUGUUGUUUCACUUCUCUGGGCACGGAUCCAGGGAAGUAGACAUCGACAGGGAUGAGGUUGAUGGAUAUGAUGAAGCAAUAUGCCCCGUUGAUUACGAGCAUGAGGGAAAGAUAGUUGACGAUGAAAUCAACGCCACAAUCGUCAGGCCUCUCCCUCGCGGUGCCAAACUUCAUGCCCUUGUUGAUACCUGCUUUAGUGGCACGGUUCUUGAUUUACCAUUUAUGUGCAGAAUGAACAGAAAAGGUUAUUAUGGAUGGGAGGAUCACAGAAACCCCAGAGCUUACAAAGGCACGAGAGGAGGGUUAGCAGUUUGCAUUUCAGCUUGUGAUGAUGAUGGAAAUGCAGCAGAUACAUCGGCCUUUAGCGGUGAGGAAAGUGCUGGUGCUUUGACUUUCAGUUUCAUCCAAGCCAUGCAAGAUGAACCUAAUUUGACUUAUGGCAACUUGCUUAAUUCCAUUCGCUCUACAAUCCGUGGGGCUAAAGAAAAAACGUUUGGCCAAAACGAUCGUCAGCUUGGCAUGAACAGUCGCAUGCAGUAUGCUCAUGAGCCUCAAUUGACGUCUUCUGAGAAGUUUGAUAUUUAUUCAAAGUCAAUUGUUAUUUGACACAACUGGUAUUGCACUUAAAAAAGAUAAAAAAAUUGUGAAGAACUUUCCCUUUUCUUUAGUAUAUUAAGAUGUGACACAAUGUUAGUCUUGUAGAAGGAAAGAAUAACGCAAUAAAGGAAGGCUGAUUGCCAAGAGGUUUGGCUUUAUAAACAGGGGAAGCACACUGCUAGUACUGUCAUUCAUACUCAUAAAAAUAGGAAAAAAAAUGUUACUUCUUUCUCUGGCUUAUAAUGGAAACGUUUCAUGUGGUUA